UAGCUGGUACUCUGGACUUUGACCUCGCUCCUUUGGAGAACUCACUGAACUGUCUUCCCCGUUGCUUUCUUCUCUCCUACCCCCACUUCCUGCUUUGGUUGACCGCGCGGGCCGCGAGCCGCACCUGCAGGCACGCGUUUCCCAUUGGUGACAUCUUGGCGGGCCCGGCGGCGGCACUUCCUCCUCUGUACCCCGUGACCCACGUCCGGCCGCCGGCCUAGAUCACGCGGCCUCCGCUCCGGUACUUCGGACCCGACGGCCUAGACCGGGCGUGGUUAAGAACAAAAAAGAUGCACCUGGACUUUCCCCGGAGCCUUCUGCGUUUUUAAGCGUCGGGUGGAAUUUGGGGUUCUCUGGCCUGGAGCCGCGCUUGCUUGAUGAAAGUAGAAAUCAGCCCUAUCUUCCUCAACGGACAAUUUGUUACCUACUUUGAGUGUCUUCCACUGAAGGCAUCCAUUGUUCCUUGAGAAACUGGUGUCUCUGUGGCCCAGGCUAUCCUCAAAUUCCUGGGUGUAAGUGAUCUCACAUCUUAGCCUCCCAAAUGCUGGAACUACAGCCACAGAAACCUGUGCCCAAGCUUGUCUGACAUCUGCCUUGUCAAGUGUCCAUGAUGCUGGGCCCUGAGGGAGGUGAAGGUUUUGUGGUCAAGCUCCGUGGCCUGCCCUGGUCCUGCUCAAUUGAGGACGUGCAGAACUUUCUCUCCGACUGCACGAUUCACGAUGGGGUUGCAGGUGUCCAUUUCAUUUACACUAGAGAAGGCAGGCAGAGUGGUGAGGCUUUUGUUGAACUUGAAUCAGAAGAUGAUGUAAAAAUGGCCCUGAAAAAAGACAGGGAAAGCAUGGGACACCGGUACAUCGAGGUGUUCAAGUCACACAGAACCGAGAUGGAUUGGGUAUUGAAGCACAGUGGUCCAAACAGCGCCGACACUGCCAAUGACGGCUUCGUGCGGCUUCGGGGACUCCCGUUUGGAUGCACAAAGGAAGAAAUCGUUCAGUUCUUCUCAGGGUUGGAAAUUGUGCCAAACGGGAUCACAUUGCCUGUGGACCCCGAGGGCAAGAUUACAGGGGAGGCCUUCGUGCAGUUUGCCUCACAGGAAUUAGCUGAAAAGGCUCUAGGGAAGCACAAGGAGAGAAUAGGGCAUAGGUAUAUCGAAGUGUUUAAGAGCAGUCAGGAGGAGGUUAGGUCAUACUCUGAUCCGCCUCUGAAGUUCAUGUCUGUGCAGCGGCCGGGGCCCUAUGACCGGCCAGGCACAGCCCGGAGGUACAUUGGCAUCGUGAAGCAGGCGGGCCUGGAGAGAAUGAGGUCUGGUGCCUACAGUGCAGGCUAUGGGGGCUAUGAGGAGUACAGCGGCCUGAGUGAUGGCUACGGCUUUACCACCGACCUGUUUGGGAGAGACCUCAGUUACUGUCUCUCAGGAAUGUAUGAUCAUAGAUAUGGAGAUGGUGAAUUCACAGUGCAGAGCACCACUGGCCACUGUGUCCACAUGAGGGGGCUGCCCUACAAAGCAACCGAGAACGACAUUUACAACUUCUUCUCUCCACUCAACCCUGUGAGAGUCCAUAUUGAGAUUGGCCCUGAUGGUAGAGUGACGGGCGAAGCAGAUGUUGAGUUUGCCACCCAUGAAGAAGCUGUGGCAGCUAUGUCAAAAGACAGGGCCAACAUGCAGCACAGAUAUAUAGAACUCUUCCUGAAUUCAACAACAGGGGCCAGCAAUGGGGCUUAUAGCAGCCAGGUGAUGCAGGGCAUGGGGGUGUCAGCUGCCCAGGCCACCUACAGUGGCCUAGAGAGCCAGUCAGUGAGCGGCUGUUACGGGGCCGGCUAUAGCGGUCAGAAUAGCAUGGGUGGAUAUGACUAGUUUUGUAGUAACAUUUGAGUUAUUUCAAUCAAAUUUUCACAGGCAGCCAACAAGCAGUGAAAAGCAAUUUAUAACUAGAGGAAGCUGUGGGACCCAUUUUGCACCAUGAGUUUGUGAAAUCUGGAUUAAAAAAUUACCUCUUCAGUGUUUUCUCAUGCAAACUUUUCUUCUAGCAUGUGAUAUUGAGUAAACUAAAAACUAUUUUCUUCCGCUUUUCUUGAUUAACAUUUUGGUAGUAUACUUCAGAGUGAUGUUAUCUGAGUUAAAGUAGUUUUAAGUAUGUUAAAUGUGGAUCUUUUACACAACACCACAGUGAACACAUUGGGGAGAUGUACUUUUUUGGAGAACUCAAAGGUGCUAGAUCCCUAAUUCAAAGAGAAACAUUUCUCAUGUUUGUUUGUUCUAUUUUUUUUCUUCUUCAUUUAAAAUUUUUAGGUUAAGAUUAAGCUUUUUAAAGUUAGUUUUGAGAACUGAGACACAAUACUAAUACUGUAGGAAUUGGUGAGGCCUUGACUUAAAGCUUUCUUUGUAUUGUGAUUUCCUUUUGGGUGUAUUUUGCUAAGUGAAACUUGUUAAAUUUUUUGUUAACUAAAUUUUUUUCUUAAAAUAAAGACUUUUUCACAAUGA